AGGCGUUAGCUUCUGGACAAGCGCUUCGGCUUGAUAGAAGGAGGAACUUUCUCAGGAGCAGAGAUGGAAAUCAUUCCUUUGAAGAAUACGAACCCCUUAAUCAUUCGAAUCAGGAUGGCUAAAGGUGAUCCCAAGAAACCAAAGGGCAAGAUGUCUGCUUAUGCCUUCUUUGUGCAGACGUGCAGAGAAGAACAUAAGAAGAAAAACCCAGAGGUCCCUGUCAAUUUUGCAGAAUUUUCCAAGAAGUGCUCUGAGAGGUGGAAGACAAUGUCUGGGAAAGAGAAGUCUAAAUUUGAUGAAAUGGCAAAGGCAGACAAAGUGCGCUAUGAUCGGGAAAUGAAGGAUUAUGGACCAGCUAAGGGAGGCAAGAAGAAGAAGGACCCUAAUGCCCCCAAAAGGCCACCGUCUGGAUUCUUCCUGUUCUGUUCAGAAUUCCGCCCCAAGAUCAAAUCUACAAACCCUGGUAUCUCCAUUGGAGACGUGGCAAAGAAGCUGGGCGAGAUGUGGAAUAACUUAAGUGACAGUGAAAAGCAGCCUUACAACAACAAGGCAGCGAAGCUGAAGGAGAAGUAUGAGAAGGAUGUCGCUGACUAUAAGUCUAAAGGAAAGUUUGAUGGCGCAAAGGGUCCUGCAAAAGUUGCCCGGAAAAAGGUGGAAGAGGAAGAUGAAGAAGAUGAGGAGGAAGAAGAGGAGGAGGAGGAGGAGGAGGAGGAUGAAUAAAAAAACUGUUUAUCUGUCUCCUUGUGAAUACCUUAGAGUAGGGAGCGCCGUCAUUGACACCUCUCUUAUUUGAGGCGUGUCUGUUGCCCUCGUUAGGUUUAAUUACACAAUUGGGUCAUGGUCAUAUUGUAGUCUCUUCAAAGUGCUCUAGAAAUUGUCAGUGGUUUACAUGAAGCGGCCAUGGGGGUCUGGAGCACCCUGAAACUGUAUCAAAGUUGUACAUAUUUCCAAACAUUUUUAAAAUGAAAAGGCUCUCGUGUUCUCCUCACUCUGUGCACUUUGCUGUUGGUGUGACAAGGCAUUUAAAGAUGUUUCUGGCAUUUUCUUUUUUGAAUUUGUAAGGUGGUGUUAACUCUAUGGUUAUUGGCUAGAAAUCCUGAGUUCUCAACUGUACAUAUCUAUAGUUUGUAAAAAAAAAAAAAAAAAAAAAAGGACAGAACAACCGAGACAAAAUCUUGAUUGAUGCUCCUUGCGUGGCUUGAGGCUGUGGGGAAGAUGCCUUUUGGAGGGGCUGUAGCUCAGGGCAUGCACUGUGAGGCUGGGCCUGUGGACACUGCAGUGGGCAUCUGUUUAGCUUCAGGUUGUCUUGUUUCUGUAUAUAGUGACCUAGCAUUCUGCUGGCAUUCUUAGCUGUGGAAAAGGGGGGGUCAGCUGGCAUGAGAAGUGUUUGGAUCUUUUUUAGUUAAGUGCGGUAGUUUUAAACUUUUGAAACAAACCGUAGAACCCUUCAUUGUCAGCAAAGCGAAGAGCCACUGCAUCAAUGAGAGUUCAAGAACCUUCUGUACUAAACACAAUUUGCAACGUUCUGUUAUUUUUUUGUAUGUUUAGAAUGCUGAAAUGUUUUUGAAGUUAAAUAAACAGUAUUACAUUUUUAAAACUGUUCUCUACUAUAACAGUCUAAAUUUCUGACUCCCAGCAGUCUUAGCUAACAACCCCCUCCAUUGUAUUUGGGGACUUGCCUCCCUGCACAUCUGGUAUCUUCUCUGAAUGUGGCCAGCUUACUUAGAAUGGAGAUGAAGAGGCUACUUGAAGGUAUUGCAUGAUUUUGUUUGUGUCUGAGUGGCAUAAGAUGAAGUCUGAACUGCUGAAUGUAGAAGCCAAGAUAACUUGACCCAGGCAAGUUUUAGCAGCAGCCUUCAGAGGUGCAGGAAGGUGGGUGGUUAGGAUUGAGGCUGACUACUAUGCAGGGCUUUUUUUUUUUUUUUUUUUGCCUCCUGCCACCGCCCUCCCUGCCCCCCAUGCUGUGGGGCCAAAUUCAUUGCUAAACAGCGAAAAACAAUCUCCUAAGGGUAUGGUGUAUCUCGUUCAGGCUUUCUUUUUCUUCUUUCAUCGCCCCUGCCCCCAGUACAUGUAGCAGAAUACCAUUCUGCUCAACAACCACAACACCAUUCUGCACAGCUAUCGCUUCUGUCUACCGGACCCCAGUGAGGGGGGAAGGGUGGUGGGGUACGGAGUGGUAUCCAUUUGUUUUCCUACCUCUUCAAGGAACGAAACAGCCCAAGGAAGCUGGCUACGGGUGGCGUUGCAGGCUCCAUCUCAGGGCACCUGAACUGCAGGCAGGCUGCCAGGAUCAGUUGUUUCUAAGCAUCACACGCGUCAUAUGUGAGGUUGGAUGGCCUGCCCACAAUUGGCAUUCAUUGAUUGCAAACAUAGGUGGUUGUUACAUGUUGUUAACCUGGGAGAAGCUCGGCUUGUGUUUCAGUGGUUAUUUCAUGUUGGUGGCUGGUGGAACAUUCUGUCCAAGUUGGGGCAGGGGGUGAUGCGAUGGCUACGGUGGCUAGUGGUGGUGUGGAAAACCCUUUUGAGGGCUGACUCAUCUUCACCAUUGGCAAUAGAGGAAACUAUAUUGUGGGUGAGCAUUAGUAUCACCUGGCAUGAAUACUCUGUUAUGUUUGAGGCUGUGAAGCACUCGGGAGUAUUUUCGUGACAUGACUCAGGAGAAAGCAGCUUUUUUCUUAAAAUUCACUGUUUGGAAACUUGCAUGCCUCUGCAGGCUGUGUCUUCCCCACCCUGUCCGGUCCUGGAUGGGUAUGUCACGGUCAUGGUCACUGGCCCAACUGUAAUCUGUAUUCAUAGCCAUUGCUUUUCACAUCAGAACCAUUUGUCCUAAAUGUGUUUUUCUAGCUCCUCUAGAAAACGACCACUAAUUGAAAAACCCUUGGUCCUGAGGUUUGCCCAGAGGCACUUAUUCCAGGAUUAACCCCCUGCCUCAGCCAUGCUCUUGUUGCUUUCAUCUAGCCAUGGCUUGGCAUCGUAGGCUAAAACUGCUGCCUCCUGACAUACAAUGUACCAGGCUAAGAUUUGGGAACCGGUCAACCUCAUCAAACGUGGAAGAGAAGCUCAACUUGUAAUCCCAAAGGAAAGCUAACUUGCUAGGUGGUGACUAUCUGGUUGUAGCUAGACAGGCCAGCUAUGCAAGGGGAUGACACUUUUGUGCCCCUCCCCCUUGUGCUGAGUGAUCUUUGACUAAGGAAUUUAGUUCUAAAGAUUCCAGCUAAGGCCACUUGGUCCAUGUUUUCACCCCAGCACAAAGUGGCUCCUCUCAAUGGUAUGAUGGUCUGUAGCUUCUCUGUGAAGUUACAAGUGGAUGGUGUCACCACUUAAGGCUUCUUGCAAUGUCAACCUAUUACUUUUUUUUUUAAUCAAAAGGACGGUACCUGCUUUCUCUAACCACCUCUCUCCCAACCCCAUUACCCCAUUUUUGAAUGAUGUUUUAUCCUUUGGAAAGAACAAGGCCUGUGAUGUAGCAACUAUUGUCUGUGUCUCCUGUGUGUCUGUUCUUGUCACAAAUGUGUUUGGGGACAUUGGAUGCAUUCAUUUUCUGUAAUAAAGUGUCUUAAUCAGUCUUCCCAAAAAGUAA